AUGGCCAAACUACACGAACAAUCGCUGCAGAGCGCCGCGCUCGAGCUCAAAUACGGGCGCAGCAGCAACCUGGUCGAGAUUAUAUCCAAGGACGAGGACAUUCGACGACUACGGUUCGACAUAAAUAUUCUAGAAGAUGAUAAUGACGAGCUACGCGAUUUGCUCGUACAAGAGGGUGACAGGUCCGAGAAGUUUGAGGCACUUGUGAACGAGAACCUUGCGCGUGCAGAAGACGCGGAAGCGAGAUUGGUGGAGGUGGAACAGAUGUUGAGGAUCAAAGAACAGGAAGUCGGCACACUACAAGCUGAGGCGCACGCACUACAGACGACUGCCAAAGACUCAGAGGCAUUCCUGACGGAGAAGCUUGCGCUUACACGAGAAUUAUCCAUCCUUCGCCCGGAAUUACAGCACCUAAAGGCACAAGCCGCGAACACUGAGGCCUUGAUGACCGAGAAGCUGGAGCUACAGCGACAGCUGAGCAACAUCCAGUGUGAGCUAGAGAACGCCAAGCGCGAAGCAAAGCGAGCCCUUGCAAAGCGAAGGAACACGGGUGUCGAGAUCGCGCAGGAGGAGCAAUUCGAGGAAUUGAAGAGGCAGCUAGCCAAGGAAAAGCGCGCUCGACAGCGCGCAGAAGAGGCUGCCGAUACCACUCAAAUGGACACCAAUGUGGAUGAGGUGCGCAAGGAGCUGGCCCGUGAGAAGCGAGCGCGUCAAAAAGCGGAGGAAGAGCUGGAAGCUGCUCAGGAGAACACUCAAGUCGAGGACGUACGGAAAGAUCUACUUAAGGAGAAGAAGGCCAAAGCGAAGCUCGAGGAGAGUCUGGAGAAUCUGCGGGAAGAGCUUGAAAAGGAGAAGAAGGCUACCGCCAGAGCGAACAAGCGCGCCGAUGGUGUUGCUGGGACUGACGAUCAACUGGACGAGCUGAGACAGGAGCUUGCAAACGAGAGAAAGGAGCGUCAGAAGGCUGCAAAGGCCGCACAGAAGGCAGCUGAUGAGUUCGAGGCACAGAGAGCGACUAUAGACGAUAAGCUUGCCCAGUUCCGGACAAAAUUACGGUCCACAAAGGAGAAGCUGAAGGAGACCGAAGCCGAACUGGAAGCAGCUCGCGAGGAAGCCGCAGCAGCCGCUGCUCAACCAGCGAAGAAGGGCGCCAAAGCUGCUCCCGCCGCUGUCAAGAACGCUAAGAAGCGCAACGCAGCCCAGUUUGAUGCUGACGCGACAAAUCUCGGAACGCCGGGAGAUGGUCCAGCAGUCAAACGGGGCCGCAAAGCAGCGGGAGGACUUGGUGAGAAGUCGACUUUCUCGAUCACACCGUUCCUUAACAAGACGACGAGUAUCGCUCCAGAGAGUCCCCAGGAAGACGAUGACGAGGAGGCAGAUGAGGCAGAUCGGCCAGUUCAGUCCAUCGAAUCUCCAACGAUGGAGAAAGCGGCUGCUACCAAGGAGAAGAAGCAGCCUCUGGCGCCUGUGUCAGCAAGCGAGUCAAACAUUCAGAAGAAGCCCGCGCCUCGUCAACGCAAGCAGAAAGCCGUUAUGCCUGCUCUGGAAAUGGUCACUGAAGAGGCCGAAGACGUUCACAGUCAGGGCCAAGAAAACGCACCUGCAGCCAAGCCAAGUAAGGUCAAGACCAAGACUACUGACGGCCCGGAUCCUGAUAAGCCAGCCGAGGCCGCCGACAAAAAGAAGAAGAAGCCUCGCAAGUCACUUGUGGACUUCGCGUCUUUCAAUGCGGAGCCGGAUGUGAAGAAGAAGGAGAAGAAGAGCCGGAAGCUUGGCGGAAUAGGCAAGACCCUCUUUGAUGAAGAGGAUGAGGCCGCUGCACCUUCGAAGGCUUUGCCAGCACGGACUUUGAUUGGAGGCAGAGGCUUUGGUGCCUUUGGUGGUGCUAGCAAGAAGGGCGGCUUCCUUGGAGCGAGCAAGAUUGGCAGCUCGAUGCUGAUGACAGCGGGCGACGGCAGCGGAUUCCAAUUCUCGCCGUUGAAAAGGAAGAAGGGAAACUUGGAUGAUACGCUGCGUGGUUGA